CAAUUUGCCGAGUGAAUCACCUUAAAACAGAUGGUAUAAGGCUAGGUAGGUUGAUGGAAUCUUUCACGUUCAACAACCGCCAUCUAGUUUGUAUCGAUAAUCGACCAUUACUCACGCCAUGGCACCUCAACUCGAAAAGGUCUUGAAACUUACCUCAUUCCGUUACAAGCGACCUGAGUAUUCAGACAAGGAAUUCCACGAUUUCUGUACAGAUCAUGGAUUGAAAGCUGCCAAAAUCCAGCAAAGACACGGGGCUUUGAAGAUUGCUCAGUACCAUACACCACCAGCGUGCAAGAAACUCCUCACAGACAUGAUUCCUUUCGCACUUCAACCAGGUUGGGCCUUGGAGGAACACGAUCUCAUGGUCCAGGUGUGGGUACGCACGACAAAUGAUAUGGCAGCUAUCUUCACGGAUCCAGAAUUCCAAAUGUUGGUUGGAGGAAGUACCCCAGAGGUACAAGACAAGGCACAUAUUACAGCAGGUUGGGAGGAAGUUUUCGUGGAAGACAACAAAAUUGUAGAGUGUCCAUUUCCUCCAUAUGAGGAGCGUUCUGCCGUGGGCGCUGGUAGCACACUUUUUGGAUUGGAUCAGAUCGCACAGGGGACCAAGAUUUGAACAUUCACUAUGUAGAAACCAUUAAUCUUCCGUACAUCACGAGGGUGCGAAUAGUUCUAAAUUCGAUAUUCAAGAACGGUCAAUACCAAUACAACUCUUACUACCUAUGUAGUCAGUGUUUUCCUAUACAUCGUG